AUGGGCGACCUUAACAAACACACCUUUCUGUCCCGGGUGUUUGGGUCUGCAUCCAAUCCUCUGCUGAAUGAUGACAAUAACGAUAUUGAAUUCAGUAUUAACAAUCUGCAGGACACGUUUGAAGAGCACCAAGUCGAGAGCCCCCCACGGGCACCGCACCCAAUAAACGUCAACUCAGAGGACGAGUCUUCUUCUGAGACCGAGUCAGCCUCCAAUGAGGAUCUUCUUUACGACCAGAAACGCGAGUUGUACCAGCAGGUAGAGUCAGAGCUUCGCCAGGAUGACUACGAUACCGUGCCUGAAAGCUUGAUGAUGGAGCGACGUCGCCCACACGAGGGCAGCACGCGGACGAUUGAGACGAAGAUACCCUCAUCGCCCGCAGAGCCUCUAAUUGGUCCUAAUAUCACCCAAUGGGGCGAAAAGGCAAGAGGAAUAGCAAGCAGGACUCUCGACAAUAUCCCGAAAACCAUUGCCAAGGGUAUUUCGUUCCAGCUCCCCGCAAAUGCCUCCAGCAAACUCCCGCCGCCGCCGCUAUCAUAUAGGAGAGAAACGAGUGUAGGAGGAGAGACGGAGAUGGCGCAAAAUAUCAAUGAGCAGCGUCAGCUGCGCGGAAGACUGGGUUUACUCAGUCCCAUGGAACGCGCUCUCUGGCUGUGGUCGAACGUUUCAAAUUUAGACACGUUUCUUGAGGACGUGUACGGUUAUUACACGGGAAACGGCUACCGAUGCAUAAUUCUGUCUCGCGUGAGCGAUCUGCUCAUCAUCGUAUUUGUGGUCUGGCUAACCAGCUUCAUGGGCAACUGUGUUGACUAUAACCAACUGAUGAACGGUAAUGCCACCAAAUACUCGGACGUGGUGGUGGACAAGUGCUAUUCCAAGAUAUCUUUGAGCCAGAAGUUGUUUUUUUUGGUUCUCUUUGCCAUCCUAGUGCUGCGCAUCAAAUCGUUCUACAGUCACUUCAAGGACCUCAAGGAGAUUAAAAAUUUCUACAACCUGCUUCUCGGGGUCUCCGACGAGGAGCUCCAGACAAUUAGCUGGUCUACUAUUGUCAAAAAGAUCAUGGUACUGCGGGACCAAAAUACCAACGCUCUGAUUUCAGGAAACCAGAAUCUUAGAGGUGACGACCUCAAAUCGAAAAAACGGCUCAGCGCUCACGAUAUCGCCAACCGUCUGAUGCGCAAGGAAAACUACAUGAUUGCCAUUUUCAACAAGAACGUUCUCGCUCCCGCCUUGACUAUCCCGUUCAUCAACCACCAUUUCUUGACUAAAACGCUGGAAUGGAACCUCAAACUUUGCAUAUUUGAUUUCGUAUUCAACACAGACGGGCAGCUGAAGCAGGCGGUGCUCAGCGAGCACAAACGGCUUGCUCUGGCCACUGAGCUGCGCAAAAGGUUUCGACUGGCCGGGAUUUUGAGCAUAUUUCUCACGCCGUUUCUGGUCAUAUAUUUCCUUCUCUACUUCUUCCUCAAAUUCUUUUACGACAUCAAGACAAAUCCAUCCCUAGUGGGGUCCCGUGAAUACUCACCUUAUGCCAGGUGGAAACUAAGAGAGUUCAACGAGCUGCCGCACAUGUUCGAUAAGAGAUUGAAAAUGAGCAGAGCUCGCGCUACAGAAUACAUCAACCAAUUCCCCAAGGAAGCAACAAAUAUAAUCCUCAACUUUGUGGCGUUUGUCACGGGAUCACUUGUCACCAUACUUGUAGUGCUCACAGUUCUAGGCCACGAGAACUUCCUGAACUUUGAACUUACCGAGGGCCGAACCGUCCUGUUCUAUAUUUCCACUUUGGGAGCCGUAUUCACCAUUUGCAAAGGCUCGGUUUCCGAAAACGAUACAGUUUUUGAUCCAGAGGCUUCAUUGAGAUACGUGGCCCAGUUUACACAUUAUCUUCCCAACUCUUGGAACGGCAGAUUCCACACUGAAGAGGUGAAAAACGAGUUUUGCAAGCUUUUCAACUUGCGACUCAUCUUGGUGCUUAAGGAAAUUACCAGCUUGAUCAUGCUUCCAUACAUAUUGUACUGCCGGCUGCCAGAUGUGUCCGAAAAGGUGAUUGACUUCUUUAGAGAGUUCAGUGUUCACGUUGACGGACUUGGCUACGUUUGCACGUUUGCUAUGUUUGAAUUUGAUAGCAAAGACAAGCCUGUUCGCAGCCAGGCGGCCAACGACGACGAUGAUCUGAAACAAGAAUACUACACUGCUGACGACGAUAAAAUGGUCAAGUCCUAUCUAUACUUCCUGGAGAGCUAUGGAAACGAGUCGGUGCGGAAAACGGGCAAGGAGCCGGCCGUAGACCGAAUUAGCAGACGUCCAGGUAAGAAAAACCUUCUUCGGUCCGCAAUGAUGAACAACUCAAUGAUGGACAAAAGCCGUGGAGCUCAAUCGACUGUCAGGUAUCCACCACAAUUCAGGUCCCCUAAUUUGGCCGAGUCAGUGUACACUAAAAGUCAGAAUAUCGAUCUUAUGGAAGAUACGACCGCAGGACUGUCCACAGAUACAAGAAACUACUUGCAGACACUCAACAAUAGCACUCUUCUCGGCGAGUCCUUUCAGCACGGAUUCCCGGUGGAGGACACGACACACCACGAGGAAGACGCAGAUUCGGAAGAUGAUGACGAGGCAGGGGUACUGGGACUGAUAAACCAGAUUUACAAGCACAAAGAAGGCGUGAAUUAAUUUACACAGUCUAUUUCUUUCUUCUCUUCUUUUCCCGCUCGUACUCGUUCUUGGCUGCACCUUCCUCUGUCUGGAUCGAGUUGAUGAUUCUGGCCAUUUUGGCAUGGUACUCCUCAUAUUCUUUGCGUUUGAGUUUUAGCUGCUCUCUGGCUUCAAAUUGAGUAUCCCUUCUGAUUUCCCGCAGAUUCUGUUUGCGCUCCUGUUUGAUCUGGUGGCGCAGCUUGCUGAUCUCCUGUCUGGUCUGGUCAGGGUCGUAUGACUUUUUAUCAGGGUUGAAAUUCUCCUCGAAUUUAGGCAAGUAUGUUGGGAUUGCAACUGCACGGUGUGCCUGCAAUUUGAGUGGGUGUCUGUCCAACUUGGCAAUUCUGGUGAGAUUCUGCACCUUUGUCAAUACUCCUGGCACGGAAGAAGCGGCGUAGUAUUUCACCAUAUGUCUCAAAAUUACUUCAAAUGGUUUGAUCAGCUCGAGAAACGCCCCGCUCUCUUUGAGCAUCGAGAGAGAAUUAUCAAGAGUUGUCACAGCCUUCAGCAGCAAGUUGAGCCGCUGUUUCUGGCCGGAAUCUUUCCAGUUGCUCAAGGUCAGUGGAUCAAGCGAUUCUGGUAACUGUGUGUUGGAAGCCAAAGUCAAUUUUGUGGUUUUUGGAGUCACACAAAGAUAAGUGUUUUCGAUCUUCUCUGGCUCGGGAAUGAGAGCCAGCAAUGCGCGUUCCAGAAAGUUGACGGCCUCUGGGAUCAGGCGUUUGGACAGACGCUGGUAUUGCAGCAGUAGGUCGCAGAAAUAGAUGCCUGCGAACAAGUGGUGCACUUUAGAAUUGAUUUGCAUCACCUCGAGCAACUCUCCGAUCAAUAAGGAAGCAGGAGUCACCACCAGAUGAUACAGGUCCGAGGUGGAGAAUGUUGCACCGAUCAGUGUGAAUAGAAGAAGGUCUCGUUGGCGCGGGAACAUGGAAAAGUCUCGCUUUUGAAGAAUAUGUUGCAAAUUUUUGAGCUGCAGCCGAAACUCCUCACACAUCUCCUCUGGGUACUUCUCGCACAUGCUUUUGAUGAGCUUAGCAAGGAAGUCCGCUAGCUCUGCAUUUUUCGAGUCAUAGUUCUCAGCCAAAUAAAGCACGUAUUGUACAAGAACACGACUGAAGAUUCCUAUUUUCUCCUUAUUUCCGUGGGCAAGUUUGGGUUGGUAAGUCUUGAAAAUGCCCACCACAAACGUUGAGAUGUCCUUGGUUUCCAUAUCUUUCGUUGCUUCGAUCAUGUCGUCCAGAGUGGCAGGACAUUUACCUUUCACUGUAGAUUUCACCGUAAUGACCUUGCCUCCAAUUUUGAUGACACUUGGCUCCUCCACAGCUGGAGACUGCUCAUCCUGCUCUAAUUCCUCAGCGUCCUCGUUUUCGCUCAUAGAGUCCUCGUUCAUAUCGCUAGCUCCCUCCCAGACGUCGUCAAGAUCGUCAGCACCGCCGUGCUCUUCCAGGUCCUCGCCUUCCAUACGACGCUGUCUCUCUGCCUCCAGCUUCUCCUGUCUCUCCUUCCGCUCCUUCUCCAGCUCCUCCUCUGUUUUGGUGCGGUCUGCGGGAGCCGCGCGGCGGUCCAAUGCGAUCUGUUUCACUUUCAUGUCGUAUUUUUUCUCUUCCUCUGUCUUGGUAGCAGGAGCAGCUUCUUGUUGUGGAACACUAAUUAACGUGCCCAUCACGUUAUCAAAGUCCUCAUCAAGCUCCUGGACAGCAAACUGGGUCUGCUCCGCAAGCUUCUGACGCUCCCGCUUGUAGUGUUUCGACUUCGCUAUGAUUUCUCUCAUCACCUCCUGCUUCGUCUUCUUGCGGCCAACAGGCUCUUCUUCUGGCUCUGCAAGCUUUGAUUCACCUUUCUGGCUGAAAAAUGGCUCGUCUUCGUCCUCGUCGUCGGCAGUCUCAUCAAAGGCCAGAGACUGGCCAUAAUGCGUUAAUGUAUCCUCGUCAGCGUCUUCCAAAUUGAACACGGAAGAACGCGACGCCUGAGUCUGUCUUUCCUUCACAAAACGUGCAAGCAUCUUUUCCUCCGCAGACAUCUGACUGUUGCCUUCACCAAACCGUCGAUCAACCAGGCCACCCACCUUAUUCUUUCUGGACCGUUUGGCCUCGAACGCAGCACGACGGUUUUCCUCUCCUGCCUGCUUCGAAAUGCCGGGCUUGCCAACCACACGUUUUUUCUCGAGUAGGUCUUCGCGCUUGGACCGACUCACCUUGAGAUCGAACGGGUUGAAGUCCUCCCUUAUCUUCUCCAGAAUUUGCUGCUUGUCGUCCCGCCUCGACUCAUUCGGCGUCUUUUUGGAGUGUUUCUUACCCUUUUUCCUUGAGUUUGUCUGCCCCACAAGCCCUGCUGCCUUCAAC